CUGAGGAUAUCCAGGAAGAGCAAUACAUGGCCCACAACUUUGCUACUCAUGGAGAAAAAAAUAUGGAUGACAUUCCUGCUAAUGAGAAAACUGGCAAUUAUUAUAAAGACAUAAAACAAUAUGUGUUCACCACACAAAAUCCAAAUGGCACUGUGUUUGAAAUAUCCGUGAGAGCAACAACAGAUCUGAGUCUUUCUCUAAAGAAUUCUGGAAUUAGUGCAACGCUUGCGGACAAAAAUUUUGAGGAAGAAGAUGAUGAAGGCUUUCUUAGAAAUAAACAAAAAACAACCCCAAAUGUGCCUGCAUUUUGGACAAUGUUAGCUAAAGCUAUAAAUGGAUCAACAGCAGUCACCGGUGGUGGUAAUCAGUUAUUGCAACCAAUUCCAGGCUCUGAUGUGAACAGUACGAAUGUAGAAGAAAAGCUAUCAAACCUAGAGGCUCUGAAGCUGAAAUUAAUGGUGGGCAUCGCGCUGAUGACCCUCCUCAUUUUCAUUCCCCUCCUGAUAUUCUGCAUCAUCACCCUGCACAGACUCAAGCAGCUGAGUCACAAAUACAAUCAGAGUCAAUACUCCAUUGACCCCGAGCUGGCCGUCCUUUCGUACUUCCAACCAUCCGAGGGUGUAUCAGAUAUGUCUUUUUCGAAAAGUGCAGACAGCAGUACACAAAUAGAGAGAACCCCUUCAGACCUGAGACAACCAAGGACAAGAAUGCCUGAAGAUAUAGCAGAACCGGAUUUGGCAGUCCAACCUGAGGAGUCGGAGUUGCUCAUCAAUGAGGAAGCAAAUGAAGCCGCCAAUGAGGGAAACGACGUCCAAUAGAUACCAUCCUCUUGUGACUAACCAAUGAUUUCUAUCUUUGGCGCUAAUGUUAU